UCUUCUCGGCUCUUUAUUUGACAUUUCGACUCUCGACUCGUCCAUUUCGUUUACUGCUCCACAAGUGAAAGGUUUUGACUGGUUCAGCGCUGGUCAAGAAUACUUGAUUACCUCGACCAGGAUUACAAUUACAACCGUUUGAAUACGCCAAAAUGGCCGCCACUGGAAAGGAUGUCGAGAAGCCCGUAGCCGAGGCCGCGACCGUGCACCGUAUCCGCAUCACGUUGACCUCGCGCAAUGUCCGCAGCCUGGAGAAGGUUUGCGCUGAUCUGAUCAGCGGAGCCAAGAAGCAGAAGCUGCGCGUCAAGGGCCCAGUCCGUAUGCCGACCAAGAUCCUGCGUAUCACCACCCGUAAGACCCCUUGCGGUGAGGGUUCCAAGACUUGGGAUCGCUUCCAGAUGCGCCUGCACAAGCGUAUCAUCGAUCUGCACUCGCCAUCGGAGAUCGUCAAGCAGAUCACCUCGAUCAACAUCGAACCCGGUGUAGAGGUUGAGGUCACCAUCGCCGACCCUUAAGCAAUUCGACCUGUUCGAAAAGCGGGGGAGGUAA